CACGCUGUCAAAUCCCAACCAAUAGAACGCCUCCUCCCGUGUCAUUAUUCGUUAUUUCGUGCAAAAAUCUCAGUAUAUAACCACUCUCCAAUCACUCACGCUCAGAUAUAGGAAACAAUAUUCGACUUCACAAAAUCUGAGCUCAAGAAUUUUUGGCUGCUUCAAUUCGAUCAAUGAGGAAGUGGACGAUCCCGUCCGUUCUCUUUCUGUUAUGCCUUCUGUUUCUUCUUCCAGAUCAAGUGAUGAAUGCUGUGAAUUUUGGUUCGUAUGUAUCGAAUUUUGUGAUGAUUUGGAGUUACCUUUACGGUCGUAAGAUACAGGCGAAUGCGGAGGAAUCAGGUGCUCCAGUAGAUCCGCCGAAGGUGGAGGAGACAAUUGGUGCUGUUCCUCAUGGAUUAUCUACCGAUUCUGAUGUCGUCAGGAGAGAAGCUGAGUCAAUGUCGAGAAAAGGUCUGCGCUCGAACGCGCAGAAGUUUGAGUUCCAGGCUGAGGUGUCACGACUCAUGGACAUUAUCAUCAACUCUCUUUAUAGUAACAAGGAUAUUUUCUUGAGAGAGUUGAUCUCGAAUGCCUCGGAUGCACUUGACAAGAUCAGGUUCCUGUCACUCACUGACAAGGAGAUUUUGGGUGAAGGUGACAAUACCAAGCUGGAGAUUCAGAUUAAAUUAGACAAAGAAAAGAAGAUACUUUCCAUUCGAGAUAGAGGUAUAGGAAUGACAAAAGAGGACUUGAUCAAGAACCUUGGCACCAUUGCUAAAUCUGGGACUUCUGCAUUUGUGGAAAAAAUGCAGACAAGUGGUGAUCUUAACUUGAUUGGGCAAUUUGGUGUUGGAUUCUACUCGGUAUAUCUUGUGGCCGACUAUGUAGAAGUGAUUAGCAAACAUAAUGAUGACAAACAGCAUGUGUGGGAGUCAAAGGCUGAUGGAGCUUUUGCUAUUUCUGAAGAUACAUGGAACGAGCCUCUUGGUCGUGGAACUGAAAUCAGAUUGCAUCUCAGAGACGAAGCACAAGAAUACUUGGAUGAGUUUAAAUUGAAGGAUUUGGUGAAGAAGUAUUCUGAGUUUAUUAACUUCCCCAUAUACCUUUGGGCCAGUAAAGAAGUAGAUGAGGAGGUUCCUGCUGAUGAAGAUGAUUCCAGUGAUGAUGAGUCAACUGAAAGCAAAUCUUCUGAGGAAGACGAGGAAGAAGAUGCUGAGAAAGAAGAGGAAGAGAAAAAACCCAAGACUAAGACUGUUAAGAAAACUACAUACGAGUGGGAACUUCUGAAUGACAUGAAAGCUAUAUGGCUAAGGAACCCAAGGGAGGUGACAGAUGAAGAAUACACCAAAUUCUAUCACUCUCUGGCCAAGGACUUUGGUGACGAGAAGCCGCUAGCUUGGAGCCACUUUACAGCUGAAGGUGAUGUUGAGUUCAAGGCUGUGUUGUUUGUGCCUCCCAAGGCUCCUCAUGAUUUGUAUGAGAGCUACUACAACUCGAACAAAUCCAACUUGAAAUUAUAUGUCAGAAGGGUCUUCAUCUCGGAUGAAUUUGAUGAGCUUCUUCCUAAGUAUCUGAACUUUUUGAUGGGCCUUGUUGAUUCUGACACUUUGCCACUGAAUGUGUCAAGAGAAAUGCUCCAACAACACAGCAGUUUGAAAACUAUCAAGAAGAAACUUAUCCGCAAGGCGCUUGAUAUGAUCAGGAGGCUUGCUGAUGAGGAUCCUGAUGAAUCUAAUGAUAAUGAUAAGAAAGGUACAAUUCUCUCUAAAUCAGAUGGUAAGCUAACUUCACUGGACCAAUACAUCUCGAGAAUGAAAUCCGGACAGAAGGACAUCUUCUACAUCACUGGAACAAGCAAGGAACAGCUUGAGAAAUCCCCAUUCCUCGAGCGACUAACCAAGAAGGGUUACGAAGUGAUCUUCUUCACCGACCCUGUGGACGAGUACCUUAUGCAGUACUUGAUGGACUAUGAGGACAAGAAAUUCCAGAACGUGUCCAAAGAAGGCCUGAAAAUUGGGAAGGACUCCAAGGACAAGGAGCUCAAGGAGGAGUUUAAGGAGCUGACCAAAUGGUGGAAGGGUGCCCUUGCAAGUGAAAAUGUCGAUGAUGUCAAGAUAAGCAACCGUUUGGCCGACACUCCUUGUGUGGUCGUGACUUCAAAAUUCGGCUGGAGUGCCAACAUGGAGAGGAUCAUGCAGUCUCAGACCCUCUCGGAUGCCAGCAAACAAGCUUACAUGCGCGGGAAGCGUGUGCUCGAGAUCAACCCCAGGCACCCCAUCAUCAAGGAGCUCCGCGAAAGGGUCGUCAAGGACUCGGAGGAUGAGAGCGUGAAGCAAACAGCACAGCUCAUGUACCAGACGGCACUUAUGGAGAGCGGGUUUGUGCUAAGUGAUCCAAAGGACUUUGCUUCUAGAAUCUACAGCUCGGUGAAAAACAGCCUUAACAUCAGCCCGGAUGCCUCGGUUGAGGAAGAAGAUGACGUGGAAGAAGUCGAGACAAAGGAAACUGACUCGUCUUCUUCGUCUACUAAGGCUGAGGAAACAGCACCUGAAGAGAACUUGAAGGAUGAGUUGUAAUUUGCAAGGGGAGAUUCUCUGCCGAGUGAAUUCUUCAUGUCGUGUAGGUUAGAGUUUAGAUAUGUUGGAUUGUGUUACGUUUGAGGUGCAAAAGGUUAAAGUUGAAGAGUUUCGGGACGUUGCUUUUUCCUCCUUUCUUAGGGAUAUGGUUUAAUGAGCGUUUUCCAAGAUGUAGAACUUUGUUCGUCCCUCGAACAGCUGCAUUUUAAUUUUUAUUUUUAUGUUUUGUCUUUUUGUCCUUCUCACUUGGAACCAUUAAUGAAGUGUAACUUACCUGAGUAAUUUCGUGUCUUGAGCUAAUGGUAUGUUAUGAUCUCAGGACUAAUGGAUUUGACUUUGCUUGAGCUGUUACCAAAAUCUCGUUUUGAGUUAUGAUUGAUUGUUUAAAUAGACUGUUAUUCUGUGGUGGUUGCGAUAGAAAUUGAAUUUUCCAGUACAAAAUAUGUAAUUUAAAUAUGCAAUAAUUU